CAGAACUGCUGUCAAGUCCCUUUCCAUCUCAUUUUUCUCCAUGAGGACAAAGUUGCAUGGAACUAAACAAAAGGGCUAUUCACAAUUAAUGUUGCUUCCCCCUUGCCCUACAGAUAACAAAGUGCAUCUAAAUGGCUUCUACUCUGACCUCAGCAAACUAACGAUGAAAAGAAGGAGACUGUGGGAUUAUUCGUUUCAGCUUCCCUGGAUGAUGGAUGGAGAGAUAUUCAGUGCCACUUUGGUGCCAUCUGGGAACAUGACACCAGAUUCUAGCAUGACCCUGGAACAGAAAACAACCUUUGCCUUUGUGAUUUUAUUAUUUAUUUUCUUGGGAAUCCUCAUUGUUCGCUGCUUCCGAAUUCUCCUUGACCCCUACCGGAGUAUGCCAACCUCAACCUGGGCUGAUGGACUUGAUGGAGUGGAGAAAGGCCAGUUUGAUUAUGCUCUUGCUUAGAGACUGAGAAUUGUUAAGGCUUAUUUAGCGCACUGAUAAAAAAAAAAAAAAAAAAAAAAAAAAAUCACGAAUGUAUCUUAUUUUGGUUAUGCUUUACAUUUUAUCAAAUAUUGUAGGAGUUACAAUAUGCACAUAUGGACACUUUUUUUAAAAUAUAAAAUCAAGUAAAUUUUUUUACAGUAGUUUAGUGAAUUUUCCCAUAGGAAAAAGAGACAGGUUGUAUUAGCAGAAUGGUGCUUCAAAAUGCAUUGGAACAAUAUAUAGUACAUGUGAUCUCUUAUAAUUUGAUAAGAAACACUACAGCAAAUGUUUGGUUUUGUUUGUUUGUUUGUUUCUGGGAUAUGCUUUUUAUCAUUAACCAGAUUCUGUGGAGGAAAGCGCCUUAUAAAUGUGGUAAGAAUGUCUUUUUAUGAUCUGUACAUAGUA